GGAAGCGCUACCAUUACCAUAGGGAAAAAGCUGAAAAGGAACCAGAGGAGAUCCUGACAAUCAUAAUAGAUGGCAUGGAUCAGAAUAAAACUGAUUUGCCAAAUUUCUAUCAAGAUGAUAAAAGCGCAAGUAAAAUCUUCAAGCUAAGAACUCAUUUUACAGGGGCAAUUGUAUAUACUGGUGUACCUGGUGGCAAGAUACCUUUUACUUAUGUUGAUGUCAACCAGAUACCACAUGAUUCUAACCUGACAAUGAACGUACUAUUAUCUAUACUGCUGGAAGUCAAGCACCAUCUUGCGAAGACAUUGUACCUCUAAUUAGACAACUGUAAAUAAGAACAGAUUUCUUUUAUCGCUGUUGGAGUUGAUGGUCGAUAUGGAUAUUUUUGAUGAGGUAUUACUGAACUUCCUGCCAGUCGGGCAUACACAUGAAAAUGUUGAUCAGCUGUUUUCGAAGGUAGCAACAGAACUGAACAAAGCCAACACAUACACAUUAAAUGACCUUGAAAGUCUUAUAAUGCGAGCAUACACACCAACAGUUUGUUUUCGAAGCUUGCAACAGAAGCCCAUUAUCAACAUCAAGGAGUGGCUCAUUCCUCAUAUAUCUGAUCGAAUACAGGGACAUUCCAAACCACUUAAUUUUCGAUUUUAUAAGAUGGAUGGGACAACUUUUAUGCAGUACCGACAGUGGUCGACAAACCCAUGGGAACCAUCUCACAUGGACGUGAAUGGACAGCAAGUACCAGGGCUAAAGUGUUUGCAGAGUGUUCCAGAAUUAGAUGAUGUUCCAGCCUAUGUUCUGCCAUCUAUAGAGAAACUGGACAUAGAGAGCUUGAAACGAGAUCUUCCCUAUUCAUGUUGUCUGCGUAUGCCAGCAUCUGCAUCUCAAUGGUGGAAUGAAUAUUUGCAUAAUAUUAAAGAUUUAGAGAAGGUACCAGAUGAGGCCCCAAUCAGAUGGUUACUUCAUGAUUUAAAGAAUGCUGCUGAUGAGAAAAGAGCGACAAGAAGGCAAAUGGAGGAGGACCCAUAAGUUGUCCACCGUGUAGAUAUUAUAGAGGAGAGAAUGACAGCACCUUGUAGAGUUACUAUUGGCGGUAUGCCAGUCACUGCAGACCAUGUUGAUUCCUUUGAAUCAUUAGCAGUUGAGAACAUGGUUGCAGUGUAGUGCCCGGAUUGUGACGAGAUACCCCAAAUUGGAAAGGUGACUUGUCGUACUGAAGAGAAGUUCACCAUUCAUUGGUAUACAGGCACUUGGUCAACUUCAUGGAAACCUGCUUUCAUAACAACAAAUCGG